GCAUGAUGAACCCCCCGCAGCGCGCGAACCAGAGCCAGGAGUGCCAGAACCACAAGGCGAGCCGCCUCCGCGGAGGCGGCGCGGGCAAGGACUGCUUCAUCGGUGCCUUCGAGUGCUUCAUCUGCUUCGAGGGCUGCAAGGACUGCUGCGAGUGCUGCGCCGAUAUCAUCUGUGCGUCUCCCCCCUCUUACCUCCGUGCUCGCUCGCUGACGCGGCUUGCCUGUGCAGGCUGCCCGUGCGAGAUGUGCUGCUAGAGGUCUACACCCCGCCCCGCGCCGUGAACGGACGAAUGACCAAGUCGACAUACCAGUGUAUAUUAGAACGACCUUUUGUUAUGCCUUCUCAGUGCUGGAUGUACCGAUGACGUUUCGACGUCCCGCCCGUUGUGUACGUGUACGCCCGAGCGGCGUUGCUGUUGCUUGUACGAAAAGCACAAUGGAUAUUCGCGAUGCUGUUGCUGUUGAA